CUUCACGAUGCUUUGACUGACCCAACACUCAGUGGAUGAGCCUGAGGGGAGAACAGCCUUCAAACACAGACUGUGCCUCACAAUAAACCCACACGUUUCAUUUUAUUUGAUCAAAUCUUUGCGUUUUUCCUCAUGAAGAUUCGAGUUUUGUAGAUGCAAACGUGAACGUAAUUUUUACGUUGAUUUCACUUUUGUUGUGCCACCGUGCGCAUACUGCAUCAAAUCCACACCCGCUGAGAUUUGCCCAUCUUCUCCAGUCGGGAAAACAGCAAGGAGAAGAGGACACGUUCAAUAAUUUUUAACUAAAGAAGCCUCGAUACUCAUUAACAAAGUUUCCAAGAAAUUCACAUGCGCACCAGGAAAGGGAAAGAGUUCCUCUUUACGAAUCCCGUUUCCUCGGCACGUUCGGAGAAAGAAGGGAGCUUGAGAAAUCAUGCUGGUUUCUGUGGAGAGGGUCAAGACACUAAAGUUUCACUCCUGUAAAUUGGAUGAGUCGGUUUGAGCUGAAAAAAAUCGACGCGUUUGCUCCGAGAGAUGCGCGCUGCAUUCACAAGACGCGGGUUUUAAUUUACAGAGGAAGGCAAGGAUUACAGAGGGAUUAUGACACCAAAUGACGACCUGAUCUGUGAGUCUUAGUCCUACCCAUCCAUUUUGAGAAUGGAAGUUUUCCGGAUGGGGCCGCUGAGGCUCACUCUUCUAGUUCUGCUGAGCGGUGUGUCAUUUGGAGUGGUUGAACUGGAGCCGCUCGCUCAAAAGCAGCCUCAGUCACUCCAUCCCCAUCCACCUCAACAGAACAUCACCCUGGCAGUCAUCCUGCCUCUACACAACACAGAGUACCCCUGGGCAUGGCCCCGGGUUGGCCCUGCCUUGCACUGGGCCCUGGACAAGGUGAACUCUGACCCCAACCUGCUGCCAGGCUACCAUCUACAACUGGUCUUCAACAGCAGCGAAAACAAGGAAGGAGUGUGUUCGGAUUCAGUGGCUCCUCUCGUGGCCGUGGACCUGAAGUUCUCAUAUAACCCCUGGGCUUUCAUCGGGCCGGGUUGUGACUACUCUUCCUCACCUGUGGCCCGUUUCACCACACAUUGGGAGGUUCCGAUGAUCACAGGUGGGGCGAGAGCACUGGGUUUCAAUUUGUACUCUUCCAUCACCAACAUCGGCCCCACGCACAAGAAGCUGGGCGAGUUUGUGGUCAGGAUGCACCGGCAUUUCGGUUGGCACAAACACGCCAUGCUCAUGUUUAGCGAUAAUAAGAACGACGAUCGCCCGUGCUACUUUGCCGUGGAGGGGCCGUACACACAGAUGCGCGAGGACAACAUCACAGCAGAUGACAUGGUGUUUAAUGAAGAUGAUGAACCCAUCCGUUAUGAAGUGCUUCUCCGGGACAUCAGCCAGAAAGCCCGUGUGGUGUAUGUCUGCUGCAAGUGGGAGACGUUUCGCAAGCUGAUGGUGGAGUUCUUGAGGUUGGGUCUUCCUCAGGAGGAGUACGCCUUCUUCUUCAUUGAUCUGUUUGGAUACAGUCUGCAGAGCCACCCUGCCAAACCAUGGGCACGCGGAGAUGCUGAUGACAAUGUUGCAAAGGAGGCGUUUAAAAGCGUGAAGAUCCUGACCUACAGAGAGCCUCAGAACCCCGAGUACAAGGACUUUGUGUCCAAACUGAAGACAGAUGCCAUGGACAUGUUUAACUUCAGCGUAGAAGAUUCUCCGAUGAAUCUGAUUUCUGGCUCAUUCCACGAUGGAGUCAUGCUGUAUUCUCAUGCCCUAAAUGAGACUCUGGAUCGGUCAGGUGUGAGGCCCCCAGGGGACGUUAUCAAUAAGAGGAUGUGGAAUCGCACAUACCAUGCUUAUUCUGAGCGGGAAGAGACCAUUUUGACCAAUGUGUAA